AUGGCCCUGUUUCUGCUCUUCUCCACACUUCUCGUGGCCUCUGCCACUCCCACUACCUUUGAUAACGCACUCCUCCCCAGACAAUCCGUCUCCCUCAACGGACUCUGCGGCGCCUACAAUGGCAGUGCAACCUGCACCGGCAGUGCUUUCGGCGACUGCUGCAGCCAAUUCGGAUAUUGCGGCAGCCAACCCGUCUACUGCGGCGCAGGCUGUCAAACCGGCUACGGCGUCUGCGGCAUCGACACGACCCUCCGCUGGCGCAGCCUCGGCUGCUACUCGGACGACACAAACCACCGCACCCUCAACACCUCCAUCCUCGUCUCGGGCAACACGGUACAAGCCUGCCAGGCCGCCUGUGCCAAGGCCGGCUUCACCUACGCAGGCAUGGAGUUCGGAACGCAAUGCUUCUGCGGCACAGCGAUCAUGAACAACGGCGUCGCUGUCGCCGCGUCGCAGUGUAACAUUGCCUGUCCUGCGGAUGCAUCGCAGAUCUGCGGCGGCUCCAACGCGCUCAGCCUGUACGUUGUUGUGCCGAUCUGGCAGAGUCUGGGCUGUUAUUCCGACUCGACCAAGGCGCGCACGCUGGCCGUCUCGUAUAAUGUUGCGGGGAACACGGUGGAGAAGUGCCAGGCGGCCUGUGAGGCGGGUGGCUAUCUGUAUGCGGGCAUGGAGUUUGGCACGCAGUGCUUCUGUGGGAACUCGAUUGACAAUGGUGGUGCGCUUACAUCGGGCUGUGCGACGCCCUGUGCCGGCGACUCGACUGAGGUCUGUGGAGGGUCGAAUGCCCUGAGCAUGUACUACCUCUUCCAGUAG